AACCUUCGACCAAUGAAAAUUGGACACAGUCUGUUAAAUCGCAAUUUUGCGCCAAUUUACAUCACUUCCGGUAUAAACUCUCGCGAUAACUAACAUGGUGGUCAACGUUGACAUUUUGCAGUGAAUUGUUAAUAAUUUUGCAAAAUGGAGCUCUCUGAUACCUCCCUUCAUUUACUUAUCAAUGCAGGAAUGUCCUUUAUAGGCUUCCUUUUAUGUCUGAACAUUAUUCCAAAAUUUAGAGAUAUGUUCAUCCGUGCAAAUUUGUAUGGAGUUGAUAUGAGCAAAAAAUCUAAACUGAAAGUACCAGAGGCAGCAGGUGUGAUAUGUGGUGCAGUAUUUCUAGUUAUCAUGUUCCUGUUUAUACCGGUACCAUUCUAUAGACAUCUAGCUGAUCCAGCUAAUAAAAACUUCCCCCAUCAUGAGUAUAUAGAAUACAUAGCUGCUCUACUGUCAAUAUGCUGUAUGAUAUUUCUUGGCUUUGCUGACGAUGUUCUAGCGCUCAAGUGGCGUCAUAAACUCUGGUUACCAACUAUUGCUUCUCUACCACUAUUGAUGGUGUAUUUUGUCAACUUUAACUCGACUACCAUUAUUGUUCCACUGCCUUUCAGACCAUUCCUUGGCUACGAUACAGACUUAGGUAUAUUAUAUUAUGUUUACAUGGGGAUGUUAGCAGUGUUCUGUACAAAUGCUAUCAACAUUCUAGCUGGUGUAAACGGGCUGGAAGCAGGACAGAGUUUGGUGAUUGCAGUAUCAGUUCUCAUAUUUAACUUCAUAGAAAUCUCAGGUGACUGUUCUGCUGCUCAUGUAUUUAGUAUAUAUUUUAUCUUGCCAUAUGUUGGAGUGAGUGCUGCGUUAUUUUACCAUAACUGGUAUCCUUCAAGUGUGUUUGUGGGUGAUACAUUUUGUUACUUCUCAGGGAUGACAUUUGCCGUGGUGGCAAUCCUCGGACAUUUCAGCAAGACAAUGUUGCUGUUUUUUAUACCACAGGUGGCCAACUUUGUCUACAGUGUACCUCAAUUAUUUAGAUUUGUACCAUGCCCUAGGCAUAGACUUCCAAAGUAUAAUGCAAACACUGAUAAAGUGGAAAUGAGUCGGGCAGUAUUUAAAGAGAGUGAAUUAAAACCUCUAGGAAAACUCUGUUUUUUCAUUUACAAACUGGUUGGAGUUGUCCAUAUUACAGAAAACAAAGGAACGGAAGGGACAUAUUAUGAGUGCAAUAAUUUAACUUUAAUAAAUCUUGUGUUAAAAUUCUGUGGUCCUCUUCAUGAAAGAACUCUAGUCAGUAUUUUGUUGAUUAUGCAGAUAUUGUGUAGUUUACUUGCAUUUAUGGUAAGAUAUCAAGUCGCCAAACUUUUCUACGACGUGUAAUGGACAAAGCGGAACAUCGAAGAAUACUGAACAUAUUUUGUCUGUGAUGAAACUACCCUAGUUUUAUUUAACAGUAAAUACCACAGUGGUUGAUAAAUCUAUAAAUCCAAGUGACAGUGUGUUGCUCAGU